AUGCUGAGGCCCCCGUGUGCUCCCCCCCAGACCUUGUGGACCAGGACGGUCCCGCAGAGCCCCCUGCGCCCCGCUUUCUUGAGGGCAGUGAAGGCGCUGUCGUCCCCCACCACCGCCAUCCGCACGGCUGCACCCUCGGCCCGGGCCCGCUCCAGAGCCAGCCCGAAGUUGAGGCGAUCCCCGCAAAGCACCAUCGUGUGCCACAACCGCGUGGAUCCCAACGGCUCCCGGUACCUCCUGGGGGACAUGGAAGGUCGUCUCUUCAUGCUGCUCCUGGAGAAGGAGGAGCAGAUGGAUGGCACUGUCACCUUGAAGGACCUGAGGGUGGAGCUGCUCGGGGAGACAUCCAUAGCAGAGUGUUUGACCUACCUGGACAACGGAGUUGUGUUUGUUGGCUCUCGCCUUGGGGAUUCCCAACUUGUGAAGCUCAACGUGGACAGCAACGAGCAGGGCUCCUACGUGGUGGCCAUGGAGACCUUCACCAACCUGGGCCCCAUCGUUGACAUGUGUGUGGUGGACCUGGAAAGACAAGGCCAGGGGCAGCUGGUGACCUGCUCAGGUGCCUUCAAAGAGGGUUCCCUGCGGAUCAUCCGCAACGGCAUCGGGAUACACGAGCACGCCAGCAUCGACCUGCCAGGGAUUAAAGGGUUGUGGCCCCUCAGAUCAGACUCCCAGCGGGAUACAGACAACACCUUGGUGCUCUCCUUUGUUGGCCAGACCAGGGUCCUGAUGUUAAACGGAGAAGAAGUUGAAGAGACAGAGCUCACAGGCUUUGUGGAUGAUCAGCAGACUUUCUUCUGUGGCAACGUGGCCCAUCAGCAGCUGAUCCAGAUCACCUCAGCCUCUGUCAGGCUGGUGAGUCAGGAACCCAAAGCCCUGGUGAGUGAGUGGAAAGAACCCAAUGGGAAGAACAUCAGCGUGGCCUCCUGCAACAGCAACCAGGUGGUGGUGGCUGUGGGAAGAGCCCUCUACUACCUGGAGAUCCAUCCCCGGGAGCUCAGACAGAUCAGCUGCACAGAAAUGGAACAUGAAGUUGCCUGCCUGGACAUCACCCCUCUGGGGGACACCAGUGGGAUGUCCCCACUCUGUGCCAUCGGGCUCUGGACUGACAUCUCUGCCCGAAUCCUCAAGCUGCCUUCCUUUGAGCUGCUGCACAAGGAGAUGCUGGGAGGAGAAAUCAUCCCUCGUUCCAUCCUGAUGACCACCUUUGAGAGCAGCCACUACCUCCUCUGUGCCCUGGGGGAUGGAGCUCUCUUCUACUUUGGGCUCAGCCUCGAGACAGGCUUGCUGAGUGACCGUAAGAAGGUGACCCUGGGGACCCAGCCCACUGUCCUCAGGACCUUUCGUUCCCUCUCCACCACCAACGUCUUUGCCUGCUCUGACCGCCCCACUGUCAUCUACAGCAGCAACCACAAGUUGGUCUUCUCCAAUGUCAACCUCAAGGAGGUCAACUACAUGUGUCCCCUCAACUCUGAUGGCUACCCUGACAGCUUGGCUUUGGCCAACAACAGCACCCUGACCAUUGGCACCAUUGAUGAGAUCCAGAAGCUGCACAUCCGCACUGUCCCCCUCUACGAGUCCCCCAGGAAGAUUUGCUACCAGGAGGUAUCCCAAUGUUUUGGGGUCCUCUCCAGUCGGAUCGAGGUGCAGGAUGCCAGUGGGGGCACCACAGCCCUCAGACCCAGUGCCAGCACCCAGGCCCUGUCCAGCAGUGUCAGCACCAGCAAGCUCUUCUCCAGCAGCACUGCACCCCACGAGACAUCCUUUGGAGAGGAGGUGGAGGUGCACAACCUGCUCAUCAUUGACCAGCACACCUUUGAAGUGCUCCAUGCUCACCAGUUCCUGCAGAACGAGUAUGCCCUCAGCCUGGUCUCCUGCAAGCUUGGCAAGGACCCCAACACCUAUUUCAUCGUGGGCACUGCCAUGGUGUACCCCGAGGAGGCUGAGCCCAAGCAGGGCCGCAUCGUUGUCUUCCACUACUCUGAUGGGAAGCUGCAGAGCCUGGCUGAGAAGGAGGUGAAGGGAGCUGUGUACUCCAUGGUGGAGUUCAAUGGGAAGCUGUUGGCCAGCAUCAACAGCACGGUCCGACUGUACGAGUGGACAGCCGAGAAGGAGCUGCGCACGGAGUGCAACCACUACAACAACAUCAUGGCCCUCUACCUGAAAACCAAGGGGGAUUUCAUCCUGGUGGGGGACCUGAUGCGUUCUGUCCUCCUCCUGGCCUACAAACCCAUGGAAGGAAACUUUGAGGAGAUUGCCCGGGACUUCAAUCCAAACUGGAUGAGUGCUGUGGAGAUCCUGGAUGAUGACAACUUCCUGGGAGCAGAAAAUGCCUUCAAUUUGUUUGUGUGCCAGAAGGACAGUGCUGCCACCACGGACGAGGAGCGACAGCACCUGCAGGAGGUGGGGUUGUCACACCUGGGGGAGUUUGUCAACGUCUUCUGCCAUGGCUCCUUGGUGAUGCAGAACCUGGGGGAGACCUCCACACCCACCCAGGGCUCUGUGCUCUUCGGGACAGUCAAUGGAAUGAUUGGCCUGGUGACCUCACUGUCAGAGAGCUGGUACAACCUUCUCCUGGACAUGCAGAACAGGCUGAAUAAAGUCAUCAAGAGCGUGGGCAAGAUCGAGCACUCUUUUUGGAGGUCCUUCCACACGGAGCGCAAGACGGAACCGGCAACGGGUUUCAUCGACGGGGACCUCAUCGAGAGCUUCCUGGACAUCAGCAGACCCAAGAUGCAGGAGGUGGUGGCAAACCUGCAGAUCGAUGACGGGAGCGGGAUGAAGCGGGAGGCCACCGUGGAUGAUCUCAUCAAGAUCGUGGAGGAGCUGACCAGGAUCCAUUAGCAGGAUCCCCACAGCCUUCCCAAACCUCUUCCCUCCACCCACGACCAGGGAAUCUCUUCCCACCUGCACCUUGGAGCCCCCCUGACCGCCCUUGCCUGGGGGGAAGGAGGUUCUGAAGGGGGGAAGGAGCUCGUUUGGGAUUUUGGGGGGGAUGUUGCUCGAGCCACCACUCCUUGGAUUCCCAGAUCCUCCAAACCUGGAGCUGGGUUGCUUGGUUGCCCUCCUCAGGUGACCAGCAGUGCUUGGCUCACCGUGCCCUUGCUGGGAUUUGCUCUUCACUGUUGUCUUUAGUAUCUUUUGGGUUUCUUUUUCUGUUGUUGUUUUGCUUUAAUUUUUUUUUUUUUUUUUGAGGGGGGGUUGGUGCUUUUUGGAUCAUUGGGAGCUUGGUUUUUUGUUUUGUUUUGUUCUUUGGAAAAGAAAAAAAAUGCUGGAGGAGCCACCCUGGGCUGGGGAAGAUGGGUGGGUGCAGAUUUCAUGAUGGAGCCAAGCAGCUCCCCCCUUUCUCUGUCUCUCUCUCUCCCCAGGCUCUGUGGUUUGCUCAGGGAGGGGCAAAGUUCCCUCACUUGUUGGAUUUCUGAGUUUUACCAAAUAAAAGUAGUCCAAAAAGAA